AUUUUCAUACCAUUGGUCCAGAACUGUUGUGCUCUCCAAACCCUAUGUUCCAUUCAUCCUCUCCAAUAAAUGAAGUCAUGGAGCAACGAGAAAAAGGAAUAUGAACCAGAUUGUUCAGUCAGAGAAAAUGAAGUAUGGCAUGGCAGAAACGGAGGCUUUUCUAAGGCUUUCUGCAGUUUUAAUACUAGUCCUUACUGCAUGUUUAGUAGGAUUUGAUUCCCAAACCAAAUAUGUAGUUUUCUUCUAUCGAAAAGCCACCUUCAGAGAUUUGAAUGCACUCUUGCUUUUGGUUUAUGUAGUUUCGGUGGCUGCGGGUUAUAAUUUGCUUCAAGUUGGAAAAUCUUCUCUGUCAGCUUGCUUCAAACCAAAUUUGAAAGUGCGGACUAAUAUAUACCUAGCUUGGAUUUGUUUCUUGUUGGAUCAGAUGGCAGUGUACGUCACAUUUGGUGCAAACUCAGCUACGUUCCAGGCUUCACUUUUAGCAGUAACAGGGCAAGAAGAUUUUCAAUGGAUCAAGUUGUGCAGCAAAUAUACAAGAUUUUGCUUUCAAAUUGGUGGGGCUUUGACAUGUGGAUAUGCAGCAUGUAUCGUAAUGGCUUUCGUAUCCUCCAUCAGCGCUUUCAACCUCUUUAGGCUUUACACACCAAAACAAUUUCUUCAGUUAAAGACUGCAGGAUGACCAACGAUCUCAGAAAAAAAAAACUAAAAAUUUACCACGUAUGUUCAUUUAUAAAUAAAAUAUAAUGUAACCAAAUAAGCGCUUGGUCACUAAAAUGCUAUAGGUAAUUACUAGCAGUUAAGACCGCGAUGCCACGGAUUUUAAAAGUAUGUUAAACAUGUGUUAUAGAUAUGUUUGAUCAGUAAAUGUCCCAUUAGAUUAUGUAUUUCAAGUAUCCAAUGCAAUGCAUUAGGACCUCUUGAAACUGCAUAUAAAUAAAAACGCAUGUCGUUUGCUUGGUUAUGAAUUGCAAUAAGAUGCAAAAAUUGC